GACAGAUCUCCAGGCAGCAGGGGGCAGCAGGGAAGGAAGAGGUUGGCUGGCUGUGGGGUUGGGCGGGCAGGAAGGUGAGCCCAGGACUUUAAAAAGGCUGCCCCGCCUGCAGGUGAGCUGUGGAGCGGGAGAGCCAGCCCCGUCUCACUGCCUGCCCACUGGAGUGGCAAAUCCCUUGCAUAGGCUGUCCCUUCUGGAGCCUCAGCAGAGCCUUCCUUCAGAACUACCAAGAGCCCUGAACAGGAGCCACCAUGCAGUGUUUCAGCUUCCUUAAGACCAUGAUGAUCCUCUUCAAUUUCCUCAUCUUUCUAUGUGGUGUCGCCCUGUUGGCCGUGGGCAUCUGGGUGUCGAUCGACGGGUCGUCUUUCCUGAAGAUCUUCGGGCCGCUGUCGUCCAGUGCCAUGCAGUUCGUCAACGUGGGCUACUUCCUCAUCGCUGCCGGUGCUGUGCUCUUCGCUCUCGGUUUCCUGGGCUGCUACGGUGCUCAGACUGAGAACAAGUGUGCUCUCAUGAUGUUCUUCCUGAUCCUCCUCCUCAUCUUCAUCGCGGAGGUGGCAGCUGCUGUGGUCGCCCUGGUGUACACCACCAUGGCUGAGCACUUCCUGACGUUGCUGGUAGUGCCCGCCAUCAAGAAAGACUACGGUUCCCAGAAGGACUUCACCCAAGUGUGGAACACCACCAUGGAAGGGCUCAAGUGCUGUGGCUUCAACAACUACACAGAUUUUGAGGGCUCUCCCUACUUCAUGAAGAACCAUACCUUUCCCCUGUACUGCUGUGCCGACAACGGCAAUGGCACAGCUAUAGAACCCUGCACCGAGGAGAAGGCUAAGGACAAGACUGUACAGGGCUGUUUCAGCCAGCUUCUGUAUGACAUCCGGACCAAUGCUGCCACUGUGGGUGGUGUGGCAGCUGGAAUUGGGGGCUUGGAGCUGGCUGCCAUGAUCGUGUCCAUGUAUCUGUACUGCAACCUGAAAUAGUCUGCUUCUACCUCCGCCGCCGCGGCUUCCACCCACGAAUCUGGGAGGGCACCCUGGCACUGCCAAGCAGCAGUGACUGGGGUGGGGACAGGAUCCAGCAGUGUCACUUGGGCCAGAGAGGGCUGGCCUUGCUGCUCUGGACUUGGGGCC